CAUUUUUAUUUUUAUUUUCUGAGCAGGAGUUUGUGAGUCUGGACUGAGAAUGAAGAUCCUCCUCAUCUUCACCUUCUGCCUGAUGAUCGCUGAUGAUACUGAUGCUGUAACUACAAUAACUGGAUACAGAGGAAGAUCAGUUCAGAUUCAAUGCCCCUAUGAACCUGGAUAUGAAGAGAACAAAAAGUAUCUCUGCAGAGGUGAAUGUUCCUAUUUGUGGAGUAAAGACAUUCCUGUUGAGUCUGGAUCUCCUGCUAAAGACCCCAGAUUCUCUCUGUAUGACGACACAACAGCCAAAAUCUUCACCGUCACCAUCACUGAUCUGAGACCAGAGGAUGAAGACACUUACUGGUGUGCAAUAGAGCGGACAAUAGUGCUUGAUAUUUACACAGAGAGUCGACUGCUGGUUAAAACAGCUGAUCCUGCCAUCAGUACCGUCUCCCAGUCCACACACACCACUUCAACACAUGCCAUGAGUCCAUCAGUCCAUGCUGUGUUCCCACAUUCAACAGGUAUAGCGAAGUACAUCAUGAUCAGCACAGGCGCAGUGUUGUUCGCUGUUGGUGUGAUUAUAGCAAUCUACUGCAAAAGAAAGCAUCAAGGCUCUGAAACAGUGACACAAUCUCCCAGAGAGACAAAUGAAGAUCAUGAAAAUGACCAAAAUGUACUUCCUCUCCAAGCAAGAGAAAAUGCCAAACCUGAAUCUGUCUAUCAGAGGCUCGAUCCAACUACCAGGCAAUCAGACUCAGUCUACCAGGAUCUGACCUUCACUCAUAAGCAAUCAGACUCAGUCUACCAGGAUCUGACCUUCACUCAUAAGCAAUCAGACUCAGUCUACCAGGUUAUGUUCUGAUACGACUGUUCACCAUUCAAAUGGACUGAACUUGAUCCAAAGAAAACUGUCGAAAUGUUUAUAGUUUCCUCACCAGACAUUUAUCUGGCCUGUGGAUUACUUGUUUACUGUUCGGGUUUUUUUUUUUUUUUGUAUGUGUUUCUGAAUGAAACUCUGUUACUUCAGCUGUCUGUUUCUUCAACUGGAAAUCAUUUCUGAUAAAUCUACCAACAUCUGAUGCCAAAU